AUGGAGAGGUGUCAAAAAUACGACGGGGACGCUGGAGAGAGAAAAGAGACAGUAGAGAGAAGAGAGAAAAGAAGCCCGGCCAUCGGCGGACCGGCGCUCACCUGGUGGCUCACCCCGACGGAGGAGCAGCUGCGCGCGCGGUACAACCCCGACCUCCUCAAGAAGAGCAUCGAGCAGCGCGAGGAGCGCGAGCAAGAGUUUGACGAGUUCGUGACGAAGCUCAAGGAGUACUCCAAGUCGGACAACGCCGGUGGUCGCAGUCUGGAUCGUGGUCAAGGAAGAGGAGGAGCGGAAACGAAAGGCGGCGCUUCGGGCGGGCAAGGCGCAGCAGCGGGAGGCCGAGGCGCAGAGAGAGGAGAUGAGGCGCGAGGCCGGCCUGGGGUCAAAGUAACGAGCGCGGGAGCGGCCCCGUCGGAGGGCAUCACGACGGCACCUUCGGGCCGGGAGGAUUGA